AUGGAAUCGUGUCAAUACAAUUAUUCGAAUUUGCCUCAGUUCAAUCCUAACGAGGAUCAGUGGAAUCAAGAAAUGCGUUCAAGCGACGGUGUGCUGCAAGUGCCUCCGUAUGUGUUGUGUUUACAGACUUCAUCUUACAAUCAUCAGGAACAGUCUAAUCAAUUCUCUACGAUACCCGUAACGGAAAACUCCAUACUCAAUAACACACAAGCACAACAACAAGCACACGAGAAGAACAACGCAAAUGGCGCAAAUGAUUUUAUACCUCAUGAUGUACAAGUGAGCAACACGAAUGAUGCAAAUGGGUUGUCAACUACAGGUAUAUCGAUUACUCCUGGUGUUCAAAACGCGACAGGUGCAAGUGCCACUUUCUUCAGCGGGUUUCAGAUCAGGUCUGGUUUUGUGGCCAAUAAUACACCGGUGCCUCAAAGCGUCAAUAAGGCGUGUGCUCGAAAUUGCUGCAAUUCCAAUUUCUGUUAUCAGCAAUUACAAAGGAACGGACUUCAGCCACCGAAUCAGCAGCUAACCUUUAUCCGCGGCCCAAACGCAGCUGACAUAUACAUAAACAACCAUCCAAAUGCGCAUAUGAAUAUGUUAAGUGUUCCGACAUGGCCUAGACAAGGUACUGGUGUUCCACAACUUGUGAAUCCAUCACAAGCCUGGAACAACAUUGCUAUAAAUAAAAUUAAUAAUGGAGGCACCAAAAAACCAAAGCGUGUGAGAACAGCAUUCACUAGCAACCAAAUGACGGAGCUAGAGCAAGAAUACACUCGCACAAAAUACCUGGACCGGGCACGUCGCUUGGAGCUGGCGGAAAUCUUACAUCUCAACGAAAGGACUAUAAAAAUAUGGUUCCAGAACAGAAGAAUGAAAGAGAAAAAGAUUUUGACGGAGCACUUAGAAGAGUCUGAAGAAACCAGCACGACUGCUUCUUCGCCAGAUUUAGGUCCGCUUCCAGUAUAUCACAACAAUACGUUCAGUGACCUAAUGUUUACUGAACGAAACCAACCAGCACAAUCUUCUUCGAUCAUGCCGAUGUAUGGGCUACAAAGGCUACUUCAGCCUCCGACAGCAAAUAGAAUCGUUGCCAGUUCAACAGGAGCUCCCGGGACAGAGCUCCAACAACUAACGUUACAAGAGUUUGAGGUUAAUCAGCCUACUGGAAGUUCAAUGCAAGGGAGCACGCCGCCCAUGCCGAAUUCCAAUAACAUGACGUGGGACUCAUCCUGGAUUCACAGUAUGAACACCGAAAAUGAAUAUUGACCUGUUGACGUUGUGUUGAUGUGUGUGUUGUGUUCAAGUGUUAUUAUUAUACAUUAUUAUAUAGUAGUAUAGUAUCUGUUCUUGUUAAAUGUAGUAUUGGCAAGGGCCCCUAGAUACUGUUUCAUUCCACUAAAGCUAACGCUUGUUGAAACAGUAGGUCUAGCUUUUACGUCAAUCCCAUUGUCAUUUUUCCGUUGUAAAGUUCAAUGUCACAUUUCAGUAUAUUGAUAAUAUUAUUUUUUUGUAGCAAAAACACUUUUGUAUUUAUGUUAAUGUUAUUUUUAGUAAAUUCAUGUUAUUUAGAUAGAUAGACACAUGUAAAUAUCAUCGAACUAGUUAGUGAACACUUAGAACGUGAAAUACUUAAGUAUUUCAUAUGAUUAAUUUAUUUUGCUAUGUACAAUAAAUAUAUGUUUUAUUUUUAACAAUUGCUUUGUUUCAUUUUUCUCCUAUAGUAUCCGAAAACUUAGAAAACGUUUAAUGGGACUUCAAACGGCCUGCUCUGUUGUUUCGCGGCAAAAUAAACAGAACUGUGGCGUCACGCACGCAUAAUAAAUAAUAACAAAUAAGAAGUAUUAGUCGGUUUCAAUAAAAAAAUUAUACACAGAAGAGUAUACAACAAAACGGCCUAAUUACGGAAACAUGAAUUUGCUAUCAGCACAACGAAACCGGAAGUCUUCAGUUGUGAAAAGUAGAAAGAAAACACAACCGGUAUGGUUUAGUUCGAAAAAAAAUUCUGACAGGCCCCGCUGAGGUAGUAGUAUUGACCAACAGUACGACGUCGUACUGGCAACCCAGGUUUAUGCUAAGGACCGUGAUGUUCAAUAAAUAGAUGAGCCUCAUAUGCUCACGCGGGGACGUAUGGAGGCGCGACACAAGUACCCAAAAUAGUGCUGUUAGAAGUAUUCAAUUUCGUAGUUCAUUUCGUUAGUAUUCUCCGAAUGUCAGUAACUCGUCUGUAGUUCGUUAAAUUUCCUAUUCAAGUCUUCCAUAAGACCGAGAUGCAAUUCCAAUUUAGU